AUGAGUCUGUGGACUAACGACUCCUCCGCGGAGCUCCCCCCCGGGACGCUGCCCCCUCUGCCGGACUCCAACCUCACCUCGAACCGCAGCGACGGCUCCGAGCCCCGCGCCGCCCCGCUGGACCUGGGCCGGGCGGUGCCGGUGGGCAUGGUGCUGGCCUCCUUCAUCCUGUUCGCCAUCGUCGGGAACGUGCUCGUGAUCCUGUCGGUGGUUUGUAACCGACACCUGCGGAUCCCCACCAACUACUUCAUCAUCAACCUGGCCAUCGCGGACCUGCUGCUGGGGACCACCGUGCUGCCGGUGUCCGCCACCCUGGAGGUUUUAGAUUCCUGGGUGUUUGGUCGGAUCUUCUGUGACAUCUGGGCGGCGGUGGACGUCCUGUGCUGCACGGCGUCCAUCAUGUCCCUGUGCGCCAUCUCCAUCGAUCGUUACAUCGGUGUUCGAUACCCGCUGCAGUACCCAAUGAUCGUCACAGAGGGGCGGGCGCUGCUCGCCAUGCUGGGCGUGUGGAUCCUCUCCAUCGUCAUCUCCAUCGGGCCGCUGCUGGGCUGGAAGCAGCCGCCGUCACAGGACGACUCGAAGUGUCAGAUCACCGAGGAGCCGUUCUACACCCUCUUCUCCUCGCUCGGCUCCUUCUACAUCCCCCUGGCUGUCAUCCUCGCCAUGUACUGCCGCGUCUACAUCGUGGCCAAGCGCACCACCAAGAACCUGGAGGCCGGCGUGAUGAAGGAGCGUCAGGAGGACUCCAACGAGCUCACGCUGAGGAUCCACUGCAGGAACCAGCAGAACCACGAGCUCUGUCCCGGGGCCUCGGCCGGUCGCAGCACGCUGUCCGUCAAACUGCUCAAGUUCUCCAGAGAGAAGAAAGCAGCCAAGACGCUGGGCGUGGUGGUCGGCAUGUUCAUCCUCUGCUGGCUGCCCUUCUUCCUCGUCCUGCCCCUCGGCUCGUUCAACAGCAGCCUGCGUCCUUCUGAAACCUUCUUUAAAGUUAUUUUCUGGUUGGGAUACUUCAACAGCUGUUUGAACCCGAUCAUCUACCCCUGCUACAGCCGUGAGUUCAAACAGGCCUUCAUCCGGAUCCUUCGCUGCCGCUGGAGGAGGAAGCGUCAGGGCUGGCAGGCGUACUACAACUACCGCAGCAACCAGGGCUCCAACACCUCGUCCUUCCUGAACGGCAGCCAGCAGACGCUGUCCUCCGUCAGCCCCAGUCCUCGCUGCGUCGCCUCCAGGCUCCGCCCACCGCGCUGGCCCUCCCCCCCCAGCCGGGACCGCCUCCCCGGGUCGACGGGGGGAGGACGGGCCGGCCCUGUGUCCCCGCUCGCUAAGGAUGCUGGGAGGGCAGGGCAGAGGAUCAAACUGUGA